AUGUAAGGGGCAGGACGUCACCUCUAGCCCUCAGUGCAAAACUGCCUGACGCUUCCCUUUUCAUCUCGAGAUGUUGGAGAUAAGAGACUGAACGCUUCGGCAUGGCGGCUCGACUGCUGCUCCUCUGCUGUGUUUGUACUCUGAGAACCUCUCUCUCGUCUGCGGUGUCUCAGUCCCCUGAGUUCAUCAGUAAAUCCGUCAGUGGGUCUUUUACAUUAAAAUGCUCUCGUGACCUGACGAUUAGAUAUUGCUACAACACGGUAUCCUGGUAUAAAGUGAAUCCGAUAACUGGAAAACUGGGUGAAGUCAGAAAAACUGAGGAGGACAAGCUAGAAGAUGAUGCUAAAUCAUGUACCAGGACAAUCGUUAAUGCCCAAGUUCAAGACUCAGGCAUUUACUACUGCGCAGCUUUACAUCAUACAAAGAUUUAUAUUGGAACUGGAACCAGAGUCGUCAUUACAGAUAAUGUUCCGUUAAAGCCGUCUAUUGCUCUGUACACCCCGACGGACGUGGACUCUCCCUCUGUCCUCCUGCAGUGUGUGGUGAUGGACGCCGUUCCCUCUCAGAUCAGGGUUUUGUGGUUAAUCGACGGAGACGAGCGCACAGGAUGGACAGAAUCAGGCUGGACAGGACGCGACGAUUCAGCCUCGGAAUUCACUCGAGCUCAAAUCACCAUUCCUGCGGAGGAAUGGAGGGAAGAGGCUCACGUCGUCGAGUGUGUCGUCAAGUAUGGAAACAUGAGCGUGUCCCGGACUCUGCGACGACAAAGUCAUUCAGACGCUAUGUGUACGUGGCUGCUGUAUGGAGGCUGCGGUGUCGCCGUCUUCACCAUCGCCGUGGCGCUCACCGUGGUUCUGUGUUUACGUAAAGAGAGGCGAGCGACUUUACGGGUUGAAAGGCAUCGCACGAGCGCCGAUACUCAGUGUAAACACCAGACCCAGGGAAAACGGGACACGCUUAGGUCGAAUCUAGAGAAACCUUCGACAAUAUCGGAAGUCGAAUAUUCCUGUUUGAACCCUGAGAUCUUCAAACGGCAACCAAAUGAUCCACCGUUAGAAUUAGAUUAGCAAAAGUUGUAGGAUGUUUCUUAAGAAAACUUAACAACAAUGAGGAAAAAAAUAACCGGAGUAUAGAAACAAACAGAACAUGUCUGUUUUGGUUUUUUUUAAAAAAUCAUUUUAAAAUGUAUUUAUUGAAUUGUAAGUCAUUUGAUUUAUUUAAGGGCGCACGGUGGCUUAGUGGUUAGCACGUUUGACUCACACCUCCAGGGCUGGUGGUUCGAUUCCCGCCGCUGCCCCCUGUGUGUGUGGAGUUUGCAUGUUCUCCCCCUACUGUGGGGGUUACCUCCGGGUGCUCCGGUUUCCCCCUGCACUCCAAACACAUGCAUGGUAGGCUGAUUGGGAUGUCCAGAGUGUCCAGAGUGUAUGAAUGGGUGUGUGAAUGUGAAUGUGUGUGUGAUUGUGUGCCCUGUGAUGGAUUGGCACCCUGUCCAGGGUGUACCCCGCCUUGUGCCCCAUGCUCCCUUGGACAGGCUCCAGGUUCCCCGUGACCCUGAUGGAUAACAGGUAUAGAAGAUGGAUGGAUGGAGGACUUUAUUUAAAUCUUUGCUUAGUUCUACGUAUGUAGACGUUAGACCGGUGCACACAGCACAUUCACUUGUAUUAUUUUUUUUAUUUUUUUUUUUUAUGAUCCUACAAUGUGUAAAUUACAGUUUUAAUGAAGACACUUGAAAUAAAAGGAAAUUAAUUAAAUGCU